AUGAUAUCAUAUGGUUUUAGAAUUUUAAUAUAUAUUUCAAGAGAAAUUAGACAUAGAUUUUUGUUGAAAAAAAUAUUAUGCCAUCUUUUCAAUAUAUUAUAUCCUUCCUUUUUUUGUACUUCAGACUAUAUAAAACGAGCAGCUUUAUGUUUUCGAGAAAGCUUAAUAGUUUGUUUAAAAAAUGAAUCUAUGAAGGAUAUGAAGCCAAUAGGCAGUUAUUCUAUUCUGGUAGAAUCCAUUGGGCCUAAAGCUCAAGAAUUUUUAGUACAUGUACAAUCUUCGAUGUCUAUUGAUGGUCAUUUCGGUGGGUCAAAAGUUAUCAGUUCAGUGACAUCGAAAUUUCAUUGCCUAGAAGAAAAGAGGACAGAAUUCAUUUACGAAAAUGGUCUAUAUGAAAAAACAAUAUUUAUAGGAAUAGAAGAUAAUUGUUACCAUGUAAAAUUAACACACACUUGUCCGUGCGAUAAAUCUUCGGAAAUUAAAGACUUAUCCUUUUAUACUAACAGUAGAUUAAUAAGUGAAGGAGCAAAUAUAUUACUUAUGCGAUAUUUAGCACUUAUAAAUUAUGAAGGAAUAUUAUCUUUUCAAAGCAUUUCUAUAGAUGGAGAUUCCACAGAAUCUAAUUAUAUAUGUACUCCUACCGAAUGUAUGGAAUUAGAUAAUCGUGUAUUAAAUGUUUAUACGAUUGAACGAAAACUAUGCAGAGAAGAUGGAACUGUUCAUACUAUGAGAACAUAUUUAACAGCAAAAGGUAGAAUACUCCGACAUAAUUGGUUAGAUGUGCCAUAUAUUUUGAAAAUUAAUCCAUUAGCAGAUUUAAAUAUUCCAAGUAAAACAAUAAGAAUAGAAACACCAUUAAAAGAUUCUUGGAACAAAGAUAUUGAAAUGUUUUCUAAAUAUUUAGAUAUAAAAUUUUCCAAAAUCGCUGAAGAAACGGAAUACUUAGCUGAUCAUCCGGAAAUAAAACAAUUAAUUGCAGAUUAUAUUCAAAUACUGUUAGUUGGUAAUCAAUUUCUCGAUUGGGAAAACAUUGUACCAAUAGUUCUUAAACAGGUCAAAUUGCAUUUCACUUUUUACAAUAAUAUAUUAAUAUCUUUAUAAUUUACUGGUCUCCACAGUAAAACCAGAAAAUGUGAUAGACUUUACAAUACAACAUUUUAAAGCAUUUGCAAAAAAUCCAAUGACUUGGGAGACCAGUACAUUGAAAGAAGAUUAUGAUAAUAAUGUAACAUCACAGCUCACAGAAAAGAACUUGGAUACUUUAUGCAAUAUCUGUGGAUUUUAUGUUGAUUGUACUGCAUUGAAAGAAAUUUGUUCGCAAGAAACUACA